CCGACUCCCGCGAGGCGUGGCCCGCGGUCUUCCGCCUUUGCCCCGGAGGAUUGUUUCAUUUCCAGCCAUCUCCGCGCGUUCCUCUUUCGCCCAUGUCCACUCUUUCGGGGAGCCGAGGAUAUCAGCAUGGACCCUGGACACAGGAAGGCGACCGGGAGAACCUCUAAGGCGGGAGCCACAACCACCUACGUCUCGGAGGUGGCCUCGACGAGCUCCCGGUCCGAGCCCAACGGGAGUCGAGCUCCUUUGCGGGACGUUCCGGCCGACGCGGGCCGGCGCGGCCCGGCCAGGACGCCGCCGCUAUCCCGACCCGCGAACGGCGCCAAGGAGCCGCAGGAGAAGCCGCAGGGCCGUGCGCCUCGAGCGCGCCCCGGGAAGCCGUGCGUGCGCGGGAAUGACGCGCGGCUCCCCGCGCCCCCAGGAACGCGCACCGCCCGGGCUCGGGAGUCUCCCGCGGCCCCGGCGCCCCCCGCGGCCCCGGCGCCCCCCGCCUCGUCGCUCUGCGCCAGAGGCGCACGCUCCUCCAGGAUGCCGAGAGCCCGGGCGCCCAAGCCCUCGCCGGACCCGGCUGCGAGCGCGGCGCCAGGCGGCUGGAAGCCCCGGGCGGUGCUGGAGAGGCUGAGGCUGAACCGCGACGAGAUCUCAGCCGCGGCCCAGGUGGUGAACCGGGUCGUGGACCGCCUGUUGCGGAGAAUGCAGAGCUGCGAGUCGGAGUUCAAGGGCGUCGCGCUGCUCAACACAGGCAGCUACUACGAGCGCGUGAAGAUUUCUGCACCUAAUGAAUUUGAUGUCAUGUUUAAGCUGGAAGUCCCCAGAAUACAGGUUGAAGAAUACAGCGAUACAGGUGCUUAUUAUUUUGUGAAGUUUAAAAGAAAUCCCAAAGCAAACCCUCUGAUCCGGUUUGUAGAAGAGGAAAUAUUAUCAGCUUCUAAGAUGUUGUUAAAAUUUAGGAAAAUCAUUAAGGAAGAAAUUAAAAAUAUUGGAGAAACAGAUGUCAGUGUGGAGAAGAAAAAGCCAGGGAGCCCUGCUGUAACCCUUCUCAUUAGAAAGCCUGAAGAAAUAUCUGUCGAUAUAAUCCUGGCUCUAGAGUCAAAGAGCAGCUGGCCUGCUAGCACUCAGGAAGGCCUGCCGGUUCAAAGUUGGCUUGGAACAAAAGUUAGGAACAAACUGAGACAAGAGCCAUUUUACCUUGUACCCAAGCAUGCAAAAGAAGGAAAUGUUUUUCAAGAAGAGACCUGGCGACUGUCUUUCUCUCACAUUGAAAAAAACAUUUUGAAUAAUCAUGGAACAUCUAAAACAUGUUGUGAAACGGAUGGAGUAAAAUGUUGCAGGAAAGACUGCUUAAAACUAAUGAAACACCUUUUGGAACAGCUGAAAAAGAAUUUUAAAGACAGAAAAGAAAUGGAUAAAUUCUGUUCUUACCAUGUUAAGACUGCCUUCUUUCACAUGUGUAGUAGAAACCCACUGGACAGUUACUGGGACCCCAGAGACCUGAGCCUCUGCUUUGAUGAUUGUGUCACAUACUUUCUUCAGUGCCUCAGGAUCGAAAUACUGGAGCAUUAUUUUAUUCCUAAAUUCAACCUUUUCUCUCAAGACAAAAUUGACAAAACAAGUAAAGAAUUUCUGUCAAAGAAAAUUGAAUAUGAAAGAAAUAAUGGAUUUCCAAUUUUUGGCAAAUUUUAAAUGUAUAUUUUCAAAAAGAAUGAAGAAUGAAAGUGAUCAAGGACAGGCUUAGUGGCACAUGCCUAUAGUCCCAACACUCAGGAGAUAGAAGCAGGAGGAUCAGGAGUUUAAGGUCUUGUCUACAUAAUGAGUUCAAGGCCAGCCUGGGAUACUUGUGACCCUAUCUCAAAACAAAACAAAGCACAAAAAAGAACGUGAUUCCAUAAUGCCAUUGUGUUGGAGGUUUGCUUAUAAUCUCAGCACUGGAGUAUGAGGCUACAGACUCAGAUAUGAGGACUGUCAUGAUUUCAAGUCCAGCUUGGGCUAAAGUGUGAGACCUUGCCUCCUGAAACUGAACAAACAACAAA